UUCUCCUUUGUCUCUUUUGUCCUUUCUCUCUCUCUCUAUCCUUUUGUAUCUUUGGAUUCUAUACCUUCAGAUUCGAGAAAAGAGGCAUAAUACCUUUCCUUUCUCAUUCUGAAAAAGACACGACUUUUAGCAAUUUUCAAUUAAUCGAAAUUUAACUUGCAUUAACGGUACACAACAACUGGAAUAAACAAUCAUGCUUCGGCUUGUUCGACCCACAGAUUCAUUAAAGAAACGUCUCAUCAUCAGCUAUGGCAAAGAUUGGGUCCUUGUCAUUAUCAUGAUAAUUAUUUUCUUUGCUAUCGACUCUGUCGACCCUCACCAUAGAGAAUUUUCAAUCCAUGAUGAGGCAUUAAUGCACUACUAUACAGUUAAUGAAACAGUGCCUGUUUGGGCUCUUGUUAUGAUAGCCAUUGUUGCUCCAAUUGUUAUUAUCGCUAUUGUAGCGCUCGCAGUGCGCAGAAGCUUUUUAGAUUUUCAUAGUGCCUUACUUGGUUUAGCAUUAUCACUAUCGCUGACCAUCAUGAUAACAGAUGUGAUCAAGGUCACUGUGGGUAGACCUAGACCGGAUAUGCUGGAUAGAUGUCAGCCACCACCAAACAUCGAAAACCCACCGUUACACUUACUUAAUUAUACAAUUUGCACAGAAGACCAUACAACUUACAAGUUUAGAGACGGGUUCAAGAGUUUUCCUAGUGGGCAUAGUUCUUUCUCUUUCGCUGGUAUGGGUUACUUGUCAUUCUAUCUCGCUGGAAAAAUGCAUUUGUUCGAUGAAGGAGGACAUACAUAUAAAGGCUUUGUGUUCUCCUUUCCAUUUCUAGCAGCUUUAUUAGUCGCCAUAUCACGUUUGCAUGACUAUAGGCAUCAUUGGACAGACGUGUUUGCUGGUGCAAUUAUAGGCACUGUAUUUGCUUAUUUCGCCUAUAGACAGUAUUACCCAUCCUUAGCAGAUGUUCAAUGUCACAAACCAUUUCCACUAAGGAUCAAGGCCCCAGAAAAUCUAUUUCCUAAUGACAGCACUCAUAACCAUGAAGAUUUGGAAGCUGGCUUGAGCCGCCCUUAUAGUGAUUAUUCUGAUCAACUUCACAUAUCAAAUACCAGUUUUACUUCAACUUCUACAUCACCUGAACAUUUUGAUUACCCUCAAAGUCAUACAACUUAUAACACUUCUAUUAAAACAGGCGACGAACCGCUACCACACAAACUCAAUGCCAAGCAUAGAGAAGAUGUCUCGGUCAGUAAACCAACGAAUACCUUGCACCCCUCCAAUAGUCGCCGAUCUCAUACUUAAAGCCGAAUAGAAAUUAUCUGUUCAAGAUUUUUAUGAAGAAAGGAAUUCCUGGUUUUUGUCAGCACUUGAUCUGUUUGAAGAAAAUUUUUGUAUUUCUAUUUAUUUUUCUAUUUGAUUGUGUAAUUCUAUAUGUAAGACGGCUACACCGUUCAAUUUUCUGUUGGUUCAUGCCACCCCUUGACUCAUUUAUUAUAGAUUCAUAAUGCUGAUUGAUAAAGCUGAUGUAUCUAUACCUACUUCAAUGGUUUAUUGUGUUAUAUCUGUUCUUAUUUUCAUUUGAUAUAUAUUGUGUCUAUAAACUGUUAAUAUUCUAAUGUAUAGACACAAAUGAAUUGCAUUUAUGUCCAAAAUUUUGGUAUACAAGUAUUUUUAAAUAAAGAAAAAGAAAAAUCAAAAGCCUUUCACUGCCUGGUACGAAAACGAAAGUAGGAGGCAAAUACGUAUAAUAUAGUGGUUUUCCAAAUCCGGCGUUCAUUGAAACUGAAUCAACAGCUUU